CAUCUGGACACGUAUGCCCCUGACAACGAGUGGUUCAUCCAAACCAUGAAUGCUGUGUUUUCAGUUGGAGGUGACGUUGUGCAUCCUGAUAUCCCAAACAACUUCCUGAAGUUGUUGGCUGAAGGAUUUGAUGAUGGAAAACAAGAUGAUCAGCUACGGAUGUAUGCAGUACAGUCUUAUUUAGCAUUACUUGAUGAGGAAGAUGCAUUGUAUCCACAGAAAUUCCUUCAAGUUAUGAGUUGGGUUUUGGGGGAAUAUUCCCACCUUGUUACUGAUGUUGAUCCAGAAGUUAUUUUGACAAAGCUACACAGCCUGCUGAAGAAAACUUUUGUGACUUCUGAAACUAAAGCGUGGAUAAUGGCUGCAGUCACCAAGAUAGCAUCGCGUACCUCCUGUUCUAAAACAGUCGAUGACCUAAUCCAAGAAUUCAGCAACUCUCUAGAUACCUGCAUGAGACAAUAUGCCUUUGAAUUGAAGCAUCUGUGUGAAGACAAAGCACUGAUGAAAAACUUGCUUCCAUUUGAUGCUAGUUGCAAUGACAUGGUGGUAGAUGCUUCCUUAUCUUUUCUGGAUGGGUUUGUGGCUGAGGGACUUGGUCGUGGUGCAGCACCAUAUAAACCUCAUCACCAGAGACAAGAGGAGAAACUUUCUCAGGAAAAAGCUCUGAACUUUGAACCUUAUGGCUUGUCAUUUGCUUCAAGUGUGUCCUCAUCUGGCAUCACUGGCAGACAGUCCCCCACUGGUUUAUCUUUUGGUUCUGAUAUGUCUGGUAAUAGUGCUGAAACAGGGCGUAAAGAGACAAAUACUCUGAAACUUGAGGGAGUACGCAAGCUAUGGGGAAAAGAAGGCUAUCUACCAAAGAAGGAAAGCAAAGCAGGGAAAGAAAAUGAACCACAAAUUCUUUCUUGUGGUGGCUUAUUAGCAGGACAGGUGGGUGAUCCUCCUGCAUCACAGUCUGAUCAAGUUGCCAGCCUCUCUGAGGAAGACAAAGAGAAGCAGCAGUUAGCAUCAACUUUGUUUAUUGGGCUAGGAUCAAAUGCUGGUGUCAGUUUGAUGGGAAAAGUGGACAUGGCUACUCAGAAGUUCAAAAGAAAAUCAAAGAUAAAUGAAACUCAAAAUAGGGAGGAGGAAUCAGACUUCCACAAUAGUGCUGCUUUUGAUUUUGGUCCCUUGCUUGAUACAGUACCUAUUAACAUGGAAGACUGUGAAGGAAAUAUACACACAAGGCUAAGGAAGGCCUCUCUGUGUUCUUCAGAUAUUGUGGAAGAUAAUUUAGCAUUUGAAACACCUCAGUCCCUAAAAAAAUCUGGGCUGGAUGACAGACCUUCAGAUAGACUGUUGGAGUCAUCUUUGUUUGCUGAUAGUAAUAUUGAAAUUUUUCACCCUUCUCCAAGUGCUAAAUGUGAAAGUGCCAGUAAAGCAGCGUUGAUCCCUUCCUUACCAGAAGAUCUAGAGGAGCUUGCUCACUCUGAAGUAGUGGAACUUUGUCAGAGUGAUGUCUUAGCUGUGUAUUUAUAUAAGGUGUGGACAGAUGACUCUUUGUUGCUUGCUGUUUUUAUUUCAAAUAAAACCACUUCUGCACUUAAUGCUGUGAACUUAGUGUUUGAAGAAGCAGAACAUUUUCAGAUUUUGGAGAGUCUCACCUACCAGUUUCCUGUAAUUGAAGCUCAAAGUGUGGAAUGUUGCCAGAAAUGCGUGUGGAUGGACAAAAUCUGUACACAGGGAAUUCUUUCUGGCUCCAUUAAUUACCAGUCACAGAUGGAAACUUGCCUUGAAUUUUCAGUAACUUUAUCAUUGUUGGACUUCAUCAGGCCAAUGGAAAUGACUACAGAAGACUUUGGGAAGCUGUGGCUGUCCCUUUCCAAUGAUGUGAAACAGAAUAUUAAAAUGUCACCUUCUCAAGAUUCCCUUUCAGCAGCUCUGAAUACAUUGCAACAGAAGCUGAAACUCCAUAUAGUUGAUAUUAUAGGUAAUGAGGGAAUACUGGCAUGCCAGCUGCUUCCAUCUGUGCCCUGUCUGCUGCACUGUCGUACUCACUCAGGGAUGCUGGCUUUGUGGUUCAGAUCGCCUUGUUCUGCUCUUCCAGAUGGUUUGCUUUAUCAGUGUCAAAAGGUGAUGGAGGAAUCCUAAUAACAAUAGUGCCUGCCUUAAUCCAUUUGGUGUGUGAAAAGCAAAUAAAAGAUUUAUACAGUUGCACAGAUAACUACCAAAGCUAAAUUAAGAUACUUCACAGAAGUAUUAAGUUUUCUUCAAGCUGGCAUAUGUCAUAUGGACUUGUAGGGGAAGAAUGAUGACCUAAGUUACGCCUGCAAAAACAUGCUCAGGACUGUACAGUGACUAACAAGUAAUCCAUUAAAGUAUUGUUACCUGUUUAAGUGAAAUGUAUAUUUC